AUUUAUUUUUUUUAAUAUAUCAUAAUUAAAAUUUAUAAACUUUCAUAAUAAAAAAUCAAAUGAAAAGAUCAUUUUGGGAGUACUUGAUAAUAGAGACCAAUUAUGGGAUAGGGAGCAUUAUUUUCGGGUCGGGGGAUAUGCCGUGUGAGAUAUGUGUAUGACCGCCUUUCUUAGCUCCUUUUACAAUCUUAAGUACCAAGCAAAUGUUUAUACAAGAAGGAAUUCGUUGAGGUCGAAUUUGGUUGUUGUGGGGAACCCCCGAAGUCCCAACGGAAAAAGCCCGCGGCGUCGCAGCUACCUUAGAUAUCAGUUGAAACUCCCCCCGCGCAAUUUUCAAUGUCGGCGGAGGCCAGCCUGGACGCCCUGCCGGAAGGUUGCAUCGCCGACGCUCUGUCGCUGACGAGCCCCAGAGACGCUUGCCGCCUCUCCCUGAUCGCGUCGGCCUUCCGCUCCGCCGCCAUGUCCGACGCCGUCUGGGAGCGGUUCCUUCCUCCCGAUUACCGUGAUAUCAUUUCCCGGUCUGCUGACGCCGCCGAUCUGCUCGCCUCUGCCUCCAAGAAGGAUCUCUACUUCCGUCUCUGUGAUUUCCCCGUCCUUAUCGACGGCGACACCAUGAGUUUUUCACUAGAGAAGAAGAGUGGGAAGAAAUGCUACAUGAUAGGUGCAAGGUCCCUUAAGAUUGUGUGGAGUGACACACCUGCAUACUGGAAAUGGAUCUCUCACCCUCACUCCAGGUUUGCCGAAGUUGCCGAGCUUCUAGACGUGUGUUGGCUUGAAAUAUCUGGCACCAUAAGCAUGACCUUUCUGUCACCCAACACAACCUACGCAGCUUAUCUUGUCUUUGCAUUGCUACCAAGUGCCCGUGGUUUUGAUUACCAUCGGGACUUCAUUGCCGAAUACAAUCCGGUCAGCGCUGCUAUCGAGAUAAAAAUCAACGGAGACGAUGAAGACGAAGCCAAAAAAGAGCAGGGUGUGUUUUUGAGCACCCGAGAAGACGUAACGCGGGAAGAAUACCGACCGAUGAUACUAGAAGAAUGGGGUCACAGGUGUUCUCGUGCCGGGAGACCGAACUGGCUGGAUCCCGGUACGGAGAACAACGCCCCAAAGUUCCCGAAAAGGAGGAGCCAUGCGGCAUGGAUGGAAGUUGAGAUUGGGGAGUUUUUUGUCAAGGAUGGAGGGCAACAUGGUGAGAUUGUCAUGAGUUUGAUGGAGGUAAGAGCUCACUGGAAAAGUGGUUUGAUUGUUGAAGGGAUUGAGAUUCGGCCCAAGGAGUAGGAGGAGGAUGGUAAAUGAAAUAAUGAAUAGUUGUUGUAAUAAAGAAAAUGUCAAGCUUGACAUCCCUAGACUUCACACAGACAGUUUUACAUAAAAUCAUGUCUUUGAGUGUCAUGUGAAUGGGGUAUAUGGUGAAGCUUCUUGUACUCUUUUCAGCUUUGUUGAGCAAUGUAAUGUAUGUCCCUAAACAUUAGUUGUAUUAUCUAAUUUCUCUUGCAUCAACUUAAAUGCAUCCCUAUUUUAGUGAGUGUAAAGUUUGUGCACAUAAACUCUACAUUCUUUU